AUGCCUCCCACCAUCGCCGCACGCGGCGGCCCCCAGUCGUCCCGUCCACACAGCCUGGUCACGCCUCGCUCCUCCGGCGCAAGCACAUCAACCCUCCCCGUCUCCAGAGGCCCAGGCAAGGGCAAGGGCAACGGGGUCGCGGGCAAAACCCCCUUUGCCAAAGGCAGAGCCGCCAGACACCGCAAGAUCUUGCGCGACACCAUCGACGGGAUCACGAAACCUGCAAUACGACGACUUGCGCGCAGGGGCGGCGUCAAGCGCAUCUCGGCCGACAUCUACGACGAAUCCCGCAGGGUGCUUCGGCUGAAACUAGAAGAGAUCCUGCGCAUAUGCGUCGUGUACGUCGAGCACAGGCAGGCAAAGACGGUUACUGUCGACGAUGUGAUCUUUGCCCUGAGGCAAAUCGGCAGGCCGAUUUACGGGUUUGACUUUCCCACGGAUCGACAGAAGUGA